AUGUUCGUCCCGCGCCUCCUCCUCUCCGCCCUCCUCCUCGUCGCGCCGCCGGCGAGUGUCGAUCGAGACAGGGACGGGGAGUGCCUCGCUGCCGCCGGCGCCGCCGGCCUGCUGUACGGCGGCCCAUUUGCGUACUCGGUCCUCUUUGUGCGCGCCUUCACGGGGGUUGGGUGGGCUGCGCUCGACGCUCUCCCUCCCUCCCGCCGCGCGGCUCCCGUUCUCGCGGCGGCGGCGGCGCACGACCCACUCGCCCUCCGGGACUUGUGCCUGGCGCUGUGCGCGGCCGCCGGCGCCUCCCUCUCCGCCGCCACCUCCUCCGCGGCGCGCGCGCUCUCGCUCGGGGAAAGCGUCGGCGAGCGCAUCUCUGGCCUCGGCGCCUGCGCGUCCAGAGAGGCCAAGGUGCUGCUCCGCCGCCUCACGUCGGGCGGGUCGGCCGAGUGCGCCGCGCUGGGCACUGUCGCGCCGGGCGCCGCAGAGCGUGUCCUCACCUUCGCCUUCGGCCGGCUGGCUGGCUGCUGGCUCGCCGUGCGGCUGCAGGCGGCGUCGAUGCGACUCCACGUCGCGCUGCUGUCGGCGCAGGCGGCCGGCGUAGCGCGCGCGCUGGUGCGUGGCCUCGGCUCCGCCGCCGCGUCCGCCUCGCCGCCGCGCGACCUCUCCUCGCGCGCGCUCGUGCCGGUGGUCGGCGGAGAGCCGCCCCGGCGCGAGGCGUUCGUCUGGGCACUGGCGCUCCUCGGCUUCCGCGCCGGCAUGCGCGCCUCGCCGCCGCCCCUCCUCCGCCUCCUCCUCCUCCCGCUGUUCGCCGCCUCCCUUCGCGCCGUCGCCGCCCGCACGGUUCGCGCCGUCUGAGACGCAGCGGCGCCCAGAGCGACGUCGCACGCGAACCCCAUCGACGGGAGCGGGAACGGCAGCGAGACGACCUUCCCGAGGUACAGUGCCCUGUUCACGGCACGGCCAACAGAGUCUGUAGAUGAUAUGUGUGUUAAGUAUAUACCCGUCUGAGAGGCGAUUGUCUGCGUGUACGUGGCUGGGUUCACAGC